AUGCCUUCAUCUUUUUCCCAGAAAUUGGCCUUCUUCAUUCUCUUUUACCUCCCUGCCAUAUGUGGAAGUAUCUCAAAACGAGAGUUAAGAGCUCCUGGAACGGUUGUGGGAAAGGUUGGCUCUUAUCUAGGGGCCAGAACGGGCUAUUCCUAUCCAGUUGGCAAUACCAUCCACCACGUCCCUCUUCGAGACCUUCGUUCUAUGGAAGUACCGGAUUUGGAAACCUAUGGAUUUACCUAUGUUUCCAACAAGCCUGUUGAAGGACUUGAAAACUUUGCGGAAUUCUCUCAUGAGCACAAAGCUACCUUAGAAGCCGAUUCCGCUAAGCUUGUGCAAGAGUUAGGCUCAUUGAUUUUGACACUUAGGACAAGAGCAAAUAGAGCAUUCGCCUUUGGAGGUGGCUAUCGAGAUCACACUUCACCAGGAUCAACAAGACCAGUUUCUAGAAUUCACUCUGACAUGUCACUAGAAGGCGCCCAAUGGUGGAAAACAUUAGCACACACCCUACUGUCGGGCUCAAGGGAUCCAAAAAAAGUUGACUUCGCAAAGUCUAUCUUGGAUGGCGAAAAUGUCGUUAUCUACAAUGUUUGGAGGCCUCUUGAUACGGUUCGAGAUAAUCAUCUUGGUUUUUGCAGCUGGGAUUCACUUUUGGAAGAGGAUGCUUUGCAAUCAUACCCCAACCCAAGUAAUGCUGGAGAUGCACUGCAGCCAUGGAGGUAUAGAGAGGGUCAACAAUGGUUUUUCCUAAGCAAACAAAAAUCCCACGAAGCCUUUAUAUUCAAGCAACAUGACGAUGGGGCACGAGAUAAGCAUGGUGUUAAUGUGCCCCAUGCUUCCUUCAACCUCGAAGGUGAUCAAGGACCCCCUACACGAAAGAGUUUCGAGGUCAAAGUCAUUGCCAUUAUUGAUCCACCACCAAUUACAAAAAGCCCUUCACGGUUGAGGAAACACAUCAAAUCAUUUUCUACCCAAUUCAACCGGAUGACAUCAAGAAAUAUCGACGAAAGAAACCCUCGCUAA